CGUUCCGUCCUGCCGGGAACUCGACUCUGGCCGGCUCCAGCCCAGCCGAAUAGAGUCCCGCCCUUUGUCCCGGCCGUCCUGGAGCGGGGCGCCCUCGGGGACUGUCCCCGCGCGGGCUGCCGUACACGUCCUGCUAACCCUUCUCUGUCUUAGGCUCUUUAUAUCGCUCGGGCCCCUUUCUGUGCGCUCCUCGCGGCCGAGCCUUCUCUCUGGAUAGCCCCUUCCCCAUUUUCCCGCCCUCGAAGUCCAGCCCUGGACUUCCCCCGGACGGGCUGGGCCCGCACUAUAGUCCCGCCCCCUGUUCCCGUCUCCGCGGUCCCACCCCCCCUAGUCCCUCCCUCGGACAGCCCCCGGGUCUGUGACCCAGCCAGCACCGCCUCUCCUAGCGCCCCGGGGCUGGGAAUGGCUGAGGGACUACCCACAGCUUGUGGUCGGCCAGAGGGAGGGGAGGAAGGGGGCGGGGCUGAGGGGGGCGGGCCUGGAUCUGGGAGUGAAAGCGAAAGCCCAGGCUGCUAGCCGGGAGACCGGAGAGCUACACCUGGAGCAGCAUGGCCAAGCCUUGUGGGGUGCGCCUGAGCGGAGAGGCCAGCAAACAGGUGGAUGUCUUCAGGCAGAAUCUUUUCCAGGAGGCUGAGGAAUUCCUCUGCAGUUUCCUGCCACAGAAAAUCAUAUACCUGAAUCAACUCUUGCAAGAGGACUUCCUCAAUGUGGCUGACCUGACCUCCCUCCGGGCCCCGCUGGACAUCCCCAUCCCAGACCCCCCGCCCAAGGAGGAUGAGAUGGAAACAGAUAAACAGGAGAAGAAGGAAGUCCCUAAGUGCGGCUUUCUUCCUGGGAAUGAGAAGCUCUUAGCUCUGCUCGCUUUGGUUAAGCCGGAAGUCUGGACUCUCAAAGAGAAGUGCAUUCUGGUGAUCACUUGGAUCCAGCAUCUGAUUCCCAAGAUUGAGGAUGGAAAUGAUUUUGGGGUAGCGAUCCAGGAGAAGGUGCUGGAGAGGGUGAAUGCAGUGAAGACCAAAGUGGAAACCUUCCAGACAACCAUUUCCAAGUACUUCUCAGAACGCGGGGAUGCUGUGGCCAAGGCCUCCAAGGAGACCCAUGUUAUGGACUACCGGGCCUUGGUACAUGAGCGAGAUGAGGCAGCCUAUGGGGCGCUAAGGGCCAUGGUGCUGGACCUGAGGGCCUUCUAUGCCGAACUUUAUCAUAUCAUCAGCAGCAACCUGGAGAAGAUUGUCAACCCAAAGGGUGAAGAGAAGCCAUCCAUGUACUGAGCCCAGGUCUAGAGGGAAAAUAAAUGACCUGACCUUUGUGUGGAAUUUA